GGUAAAAGUAACUGGUUAUAGCACUAUAAAACACCAGGUUUGACGUUUGUAAGUCACACUAUACGGAAGGAUUUGUAACAGACAUCAAACCCAACAAUGUUCGUCUUACAGUUCUUGACCUGUCUUCUGCUUACAGUUGCUGUCAGAUGUACUGUACCAAAAGGCUACAUUUUGGAUGUUUCACAAUUUUGCGGCCAGGUCUCCGGUAGUGAUGACUAUUCUGGAAUCGGAGCUAACGUGACCAUCAAAUCUGAUCUAUAUGUCCAAGCACAGAUCAAGUGUCGACAAGGUCUCGUCACGCUCAACCCAAUUAAUGAAACCAAUACUGAAACCACCCUCGAUCUGUGUUACACCAACGAUACGGUUUCUGAAUGUCCAUGUGAAUUCAAUACACCAGCAGACGGGUCCAAUUUCUACUCUGCCGAAUUACAAGUCUUCUGGGGAUUUAACAACGGCACAUUAAUGAAUGAAUAUGAAACUUACACAAUUUCCUGUAUUGCCGAAGGAAAUAAAACUAAUGUUGUGGAUUCGAAGACUAUUGUGGAAGACUAUAUUCCCGUAGACAAACAGUUGGUUAAAUCUCUCGGCCAUGAUUAUGCAGGAACUGUCACAUUUAAAUUGAUUGACAUUCUUGGUAAAGACAUCGGUGCUACAGUUGCCAUGUCGAAAAAAGUUCGGUUAUUAUUAACGGUCACUACUGCCGACUACCUAGGCGUGAUUCCAUACGAUUGCAAGGCUGUCAGUGGUGAUGGUAAAACAAGCUACCGAUUUCUUCAAGCUGGAUGUGGAGAUGGAACUAUCAUCCCAAAAAACAAAGGUUUCACAACAAAAACCAUUGCAGGAGGUAACGAUAAAACCGCAACCAGUCCAUUUUUUAAAGUUUUCAAGUUACUAGAAGCUACACAAAGUGGUGCCAUCUCCUACGAAUGUUCAUUUACAGUUUGCAACGCCACCUGUGACGGGUCAUCGUGUGCCUUGAGGACUAAGAGAUCUGUCGAUUCCUUUGCUGAGAUAGAAGAGCAAAAGCAAGUGAAGACACCAUUAUACAAUAUUCAACGCCUAGAAGAUCGUGUGGAAGAUCGUCUAGACCAAUCACGACAGGAACUAAGCGACCUGAAAAUGGAUACUCGUCUGAAGCUGGCUUCCCUUGAAAUCGUCGGCAUCGGAGCUGUUGCGUUGUUAUCACUUGUAAUUGCCACAUAUUCCUGUAUCAGAGUUGAACAAAAACGCCUACGUGAAAGGGUGAGCACAAAGAUGUCAUCCGCAUAAUGUCACGUGCUUGACACUUUUGUUAUUCGUUGUUAACAUUUAAUUGUUACAUUGUUUUUUCUUUGUUCAGCAUUAUCUGUUACAAUUAUCGAUCCUUCUGAAUAAAAUAUGGUGCAUUUGU